AUGGAAAAGAUCAAAGAACUUGCAAAUAAAACAAAGGAUGCAGUAUUAAUGCAAGCACAAAAUGCAAAGGAACACGUCAGUCGUAGCGAGUAUCAAAAAGACCCUGUCGUUGAAGAAGCAAAAGAAAAAUUGGAAAAAUUAGAGCGAGCAAUAAACAGGUGUGAAACUGAUCUCAAAGAUUUAUCUGCAUAUAUUGCAAAACUUUCAGAUACUUCAUUACAAUUUACUGAUCAUUUUAGAAAACAUGAUAAAACUAUUGGAAGAACUGAGAAUCCAAAAGUUAUUGCACUUGAUGAUUUCAUUAGAUUACUUUCAAAUAAACUAAAAGAACCACAAGUUAUGAAUUAUAAACAAAAAAUUGAAUCACAAUAG